AUGUCAUCUCAUUCCAGAUGCAGACGACAACGAACCCCCUCGGACGACUCAGAAUCCGAGCCCGACUCCCCGUUGGCGUCGGCUGUCUAUGCGGACAGCCGUGACUCAUCUCCACUGAGACGCAAACGGCAAAACAGAAGUAGGAGUAGCCGAUGGAGGUCGAGGGACUCGGACGAGGAAAAUGAUCAAAAGAGGUCGAGUUCGAGGAAGAUCUCGGAGGAAGAUAUUGCCGAGUACAUGGCAAAAAAAGCUCAGAAGAAGGCGAUGAAAGUAGCGAAGAAAUUGAAGUCACAGACCGUAUCAGGUUAUUCGAAUGAUUCAAAUCCAUUUGGCGAUUCCAAUCUGAAUGAAAAAUUUGUGUGGCGAAAGAAGAUUGAGCGUGAUAUAACACAAGGUGUGCCACUUGAGGCGUUUUCGGUAAAAUCUGAGAAGAAGAGACAGAAAGAACGAAUGUCAGAGAUUGAAAAAGUGAAGAAGAGAAGGGAGGAAAGGGCUAUUGAAAAAGCACAACAUGAGGAAGAAAUGGCGUUGCUGGCCAGAGAGCGUGCUCGGGCAGAGUUCCAAGACUGGGAGAAGAAAGAAGAAGAGUUUCAUUUUGAUCAAAGCAAAGUUAGGUCGGAGAUUCGGUUGCGUGAAGGGCGUACAAAGCCAAUUGAUGUACUUUCUAAGCAACUUGAUCCUUCUGAUGAUGUUGAUAUAGAAAUAAACGAACCUUACAUGGUCUUCAAGGGUUUGACAGUAAAAGAAAUGGAAGAGCUUCAUGAGGACAUAAAAAUGCAUCUGGAUUUAGAUAAGGCAACACCAACACAUAUACAGUAUUGGGAGGCGCUUCUGGUGGUCUGUGAUUGGGAGCUAGCUGAAGCUCGGAAAAAAGAUGCGCUAGAUCGAGCCAGAGUGCGUGGUGAGCAACCACCUGCUGAGUUGCUUGCUGAAGAGAGGGGUCUACAUUCUAGUAUUGAAGCAGAUGUAAAGAGUCUCUUGGAAGGGAAAACCUAUAGUGAAUUGGAAGCACUACAGUCCCACAUUGAGUCACAGAUGCGUUCUGGCACUGCCAAGGUGGUUGAGUAUUGGGAAGCUGUUCUCAAACGUCUCCACAUCUACAAGGCAAAGGCUUGUUUGAAGGAAAUUCAUGCAAAAAUGUUGCAGAAGCAUUUGGAGCGCCUUGAGCAACCGAUGGGAAGCCAAGAUACUUUGGAAGAGGAUCAGGAUUCUAGGCCUAUAGAGGACGAGCCUGAUCAGGAUGCUCUAGCUCUCUCUCCAGAACCCAUAUUGGAUGAAGAGUUUCACGAGGAAGAAGAGGAGGCUGGAUCUUUUUCGCCAGAGCUGUUGCAUGGUGAUGAAAAUGAUGAAACAAUUGACCCCGAGGAGGACAGGGCUAUACUGGAAAGGAAACGUAUAGUAGUUUUGGAAGAACAACAAAGACGAAUCCAAGAAGCAAUGGCUUCAAGGCCAACUACAUCUGAAGAUGACUUGGAGAUGAAAGCCAUGAAAGCUAUGGGAGCCAUGGAAGUGGGUGAUGCUGUAUUUGGCUCAAGUGAUGAAGUAAACCUUGAUUCACAGGUGUACUGGUGGCAUGACAAAUACCGCCCCAGGAAGCCAAAGUACUUUAACCGUGUUCACACUGGGUAUGAGUGGAACAAGUACAAUCAAACUCACUAUGACCAUGACAAUCCACCUCCAAAGAUCGUGCAAGGGUACAAAUUCAAUAUUUUCUACCCAGAUCUUGUCGACAAAACAAAAGCUCCUACUUUUACCAUAGAGAAUGAUGGAGAUAGUGCUGAGACUUGCAUUAUAAGGUUUCAUGCGGGCCCUCCUUAUGAGGACAUUGCAUUCCGAGUUGUGAACAAAGAAUGGGAAUAUUCUCACAAGAAGGGAUUCAAGUGCACGUUUGAACGAGGAAUCUUACAUGUAUAUUUCAACUUCAAACGCUACCGGUACCGUCGGUGA